GCACAAUGUAUUGGGAUCUCAGUUACUCAUUAACUUUGAUUUAAAUCAGGAGGAUGCAGUUGCUUUCUCUUUCAGUGAUAGAAAUGCCAUAGUUAGAAAUUGAGUCAUUAAAACUUGCUGCCUUUGCAAAUAUGCUUAAAUAUAAACUGUAUUCAUUGCACGGGUCAUAGGCCAAAUCCAAAGCGGGACAGACAAAUUCCACUCUAUCUUGAUAAUUAGAAACUCCAGAGGAAAAAAUAGAAGCCCUCCUUCUAUAUUGCUUCUGUAGUGAAUGAGCUGUGCUGCUGGAGGUGAGAAAGAUGGGCGGAAUGGUUGAUGGUAUCCUAAAAUACCAAAAUGUCCAUUAAAGCAUGCCCUGAUAGUGUUUUAGUGUUACUGUAAUCUGAUUGAUUCUAAUGAAAGCUGUGACAUUAAUGCAUUGCUGUAGUAAGGAAGAGAAUGUGUGUAGGAGGAUGCCUUGAGAGGAGUAAUUUAGACUUAUUUACGCAUAUUUAUUCUGUAUUAACUAUUGCAGUUUAAUUUCUUGCCUAUCCUCAUCUAUUUUUACAGCAUGGACAAACCCUGUGGCUUUGUACAUUUUUUUGGCUCCAUUUAAAAAAAAAUUGCGUUGGGUAUUUUCUACUGAUGACAUGACAAGUAUGUUUUUUUUGAACAGAACUUGACUUUCUAAUACACUUUGGAUUAUUCUUUUACAAUUCUCUAGAGCACAGCUACUCAGCUUUUUCAACGCGGGCAGGUUUCUGGGGCUAAUAGUUGUUCUCAGCAGCAAAAACAAAUUCAUGUUGUCAAGUGAGGGAAGAAAUGAUCUUCUGGCUGCACCUGGUUCAUGGAAUGAGUUCUGUUUGUACUUGGUUGCACACUAACUCGUUUUCUUGAAUCAAACGUAUGAGAUAGGACCAUGGCCUAUGAGGUAUACUCAGAAAACCUGAUGUGCAUCUUCUGUUUAAUCUACUUCUGUGUAUGUGUCACUUAUAAGAUAGAUUUCUUGAUCUGUAUUUUUAACAUAGAGUUAUUUGUGGCUUUCAGGUUCUGCCAAAAUGGAGCUUAGUGAUGCCAAUUUACAGACUUUAACUGAAUAUCUAAAGAAAACGCUAGAUCCGGAUCCUGCUAUAAGGCGUCCUGCGGAAAAGUUUCUCGAGUCAGUUGAAGGAAGCCAGAAUUAUCCGUUGUUACUCUUAACGCUGCUGGAGAAAUCACAGGAAAAUGUCAUCAAAGUUUGUGCAUCUGUAACAUUCAAGAACUAUAUUAAAAGAAACUGGAGAAUUAUUGAAGAUGAACCAAACAAAAUAUGUGAAUCAGACCGGAUAGCCAUUAAAGCCAACAUAGUGCCCUUGAUGCUCAGCAGCCCAGAACAAAUUCAAAAGCAGUUGAGUGAUGCAAUUAGUAUUAUUGGCCGGGAAGACUUUCCUCAGAAAUGGCCAGACUUGCUGACAGAAAUGGUGAAUCGCUUUCAAAGUGGAGAUUUCCAUGUCAUUAAUGGAGUCCUUCGCACUGCUCACUCUUUGUUUAAAAGGUACCGCCAUGAAUUUAAGUCAAAUGAAUUAUGGACAGAGAUCAAACUCGUCCUUGAUGCCUUUGCGUUGCCCUUGACAAAUCUCUUUAAGGCCACAAUUGAACUUUGCAGCACACAUGCAAAUGAUGCUAGUGCUUUGAAGGUUUUAUUUUCUUCUCUCAUUCUAAUUGCGAAGCUGUUCUACAGUUUAAAUUUUCAGGAUCUUCCUGAGUUUUUUGAAGAUAACAUGGAAACAUGGAUGACAAAUUUUCAUAGCCUUUUAACUUUAGAUAAUAAACUAUUGCAGACUGAUGAUGAAGAGGAAGCUGGAUUACUGGAGCUCUUGAAAUCCCAAAUUUGUGAUAAUGCUGCUUUGUAUGCUCAAAAAUAUGAUGAAGAAUUCCAGCCCUACCUGCCACGUUUUGUAACAGCAAUCUGGAAUCUGUUAGUCACAACAGGCCAGGAAGUUAAAUAUGACUUGCUGGUUAGUAAUGCAAUCCAGUUUCUGGCCUCCGUUUGCGAGCGACCACAUUAUAAGCAUCUGUUUGAAGACCAGAAUACAUUGACGAGCAUCUGUGAAAAGGUUAUUGUUCCCAAUAUGGAAUUUAGAGCGGCUGAUGAAGAAGCAUUUGAAGACAAUUCUGAAGAAUAUAUAAGAAGGGAUUUGGAAGGAUCUGAUAUUGACACCAGGCGCAGAGCAGCUUGUGAUCUAGUCAGAGGCUUGUGCAAGUUCUUUGAAGGGCCUGUGACAGGGAUCUUUUCUGGAUAUGUUAAUUCCAUGCUGCAAGAAUAUGCAAAAAAUCCGUCUGUUAACUGGAAGCACAAAGAUGCAGCUAUUUACCUUGUUACAUCUUUGGCGUCUAAAGCUCAGACUCAGAAGCAUGGAAUAACACAAGCCAAUGAACUUGUUAAUCUGACAGAAUUCUUUGUGAAUCACAUUCAACCUGACUUAAAGUCUGCUAGUGUGAAUGAAUUCCCUGUUCUAAAAGCUGAUGGUAUCAAAUAUAUCAUGAUUUUUAGAAACCAAGUACCUAAAGAACAACUAUUGGUAUCUAUUCCUCUUUUAAUCAAUCACCUUCAAGCAGAAAGUAUUGUAGUCCAUACUUAUGCAGCCCAUGCUCUUGAAAGACUCUUUACCAUGAGGGGGACUAAUAAUACUACCCUCAUUACAGCUGCAGAAAUGGUACCGUUUGUAGAAGUGCUGUUAACAAACCUUUUUAAAGCACUGACGCUUCCUGGCUCAUCUGAAAAUGAAUACAUUAUGAAAGCUAUCAUGAGGAGUUUUUCUCUGCUACAGGAAUCCAUAAUUCCAUACAUCCCUUCUGUCAUCACGCAACUUACACAGAAACUGCUGGCUGUCAGUAAGAAUCCAAGCAAACCUCACUUUAAUCAUUACAUGUUUGAAUCGAUAUGCUUGUCGAUAAGGAUAACAUGCAAAGCAAACCCUGAUGCAGUUGGAAGCUUUGAAGAGGCUUUGUUUAUGGUGUUCACUGAGAUACUGCAGAAUGAUGUACAAGAGUUCAUUCCAUAUGUGUUUCAAGUGAUGUCUUUACUUCUGGAAAUGCAUAAAAAUGAAAUUCCAUCAUCCUAUAUGGCAUUGUUUCCUCAUCUACUUCAGCCGGUAUUAUGGGAAAGGACAGGGAACAUCCCUCCUUUGGUCCGACUCCUGCAGGCUUAUUUAGAGCGAGGUGCCAAUACAAUAGCAAGUGCUGCUGCUGAUAAAAUUCCUGGAUUGUUAGGUGUGUUCCAGAAGCUAAUUGCCUCUAAAGCUAAUGACCAUCAAGGAUUCUAUCUUCUAAACAGUAUUAUAGAGCAUAUGCCUCCUGAGUCAGUUGACCAGUACAGGAAACAGAUCUUCAUUCUACUAUUCCAAAGACUUCAAAAUUCCAAAACAACAAAAUUUAUUAAAAGUUUCCUAGUCUUCAUUAACUUGUACUGCAUAAAAUAUGGGGCAUUAGCUCUUCAAGAAAUAUUUGAUAGCAUACAACCAAAGAUGUUUGGAAUGGUUUUGGAGAAAAUAAUAAUUCCUGAAAUACAGAAAGUGUCUGGACAAGUUGAAAAGAAAAUCUGUGCUGUUGGCAUUACAAAAAUAUUAACAGAGUGUCCUCCUAUGAUGGACACAGAAUAUACGAAGCUGUGGACUCCUCUGCUGCAGGCCCUAAUUGGCCUUUUUGAGCUGCCUGAGGAUGACACUAUCCCUGAUGAAGAACACUUCAUUGACAUAGAAGAUACUGCAGGAUAUCAGACUGCAUUCUCUCAGCUAGCCUUUGCUGGGAAAAAAGAACAUGAUCCUGUAGGUCAAAUGGUGAACAAUCCUAGAAUUCAUCUGGCACAGUCUCUUCACAAACUGUCUACUGCGUGCCCAGGCAGGGUCCCAUCAAUGCUGAGUACUAGUCUGAAUGCAGAAGCGUUGCAGUAUCUCCAAGGAUACCUCCAAGCUGCAAGUGUGACACUACUAUGAAUUGCAUUUAUUUCACAAGCAAGAUCAAAAGCUGUUUUGCUAUACAGAAGGUUGACACUGACUUAUUUAAAGCAGAGCUCAGACAAAUUGAAAAAUGCUACUUGAAAAUGUAUUGCAGAAUCCAUCUUGUAAAAGAUAAAUGUUGCUUUAAGCAGAAAGUGAAAGAAUUAAGUGGUUCAUGUAAUCAUAGAUGAAAGGUGGCUAACUUCCAUUCCCAAUUUAAUUUCAAAGGGAAUAGUCAUAGUGGUUUAUUACAGGAUUUAUUUGAAUUCUGCACCUGCAGUGUUUGGAUAACUUUUUGAAAUGUAUGGAGAGCACUGGCUGUAGAAACUCACUUUUGGUCACUAAAAUUCCUUUUCGUUUUGAUGUUGUCCUUUGUAUUUCUUUUGUCUUUCUUUAAACUUUAUCUAAAUUGUGAAUAAAUAAGAAGUACUUGUUUAAAAUGCCUGUCACUGUGCGCUUACUGUUGGUUUAGAAAAAAAGAAAAAUCAUGUUUUAAACUUAAGAUAGAAUAUACGUUAGUGGGACUGUGCGGAUUUUUCUUUAGGUAUUAGUUUAAAUACACUGUAGCAUCCAUACAGAGCAAAUGUAAAACUUUGGCAGAAGAUCCAGAGCAAUUAUCACCUUUCUGAUAUUCAUCAACAGGUGGCAGUAAGCUGCUGAAAGCACCCCUUCUCUUUGGGCAAUGCAUGUCGGUAUAAUGUGCCAAAAGCAAAUAAAAUACCCUCUUAGAGUAAGUAUCAGUUUCCAAGUGAAUUUUUAGUGAUGUACUAAAACUGAAGCAAUAGUUUUCUCUGUUUAACUAGUUUGUUCUCCCUGUCUCCAUUGAUUAGGUUUGGUACCCUUGAAUUCUAAGUGCAUCAGUUUACCUUGUAGUUACGGCUGCUUGAAAGUGAUAAGUUAAAUGCCUAAGCCUCGUUGUGUUCUCAGGUGGCCUGGGCACAAAACUGCUAGACCUCAGGCUUUUUGAGCGCUGAUACUGCAGGUACACAAAUAGAUCUGUCUAGAGACUGAACAAUUGAGUAGACUGAAGUCUCAGAUUAUAUGAUACUAUGUAGUGUCAUACAUGACACAUGUAAUUGUCUACCGAGGUUCUGCAGAUGACUUGAAUGUUUUUCCUCCACACAGGAUAGGGUUUGCUUAAUUAUAACGUCUGUUGAAGCUGAGCCUGUCAAGAAAGUUAGUGAAUUUACUGAGGGUAAAAAGUAGGGCAGAAUCAGCUGUCUUUCAGUUCCUCCUUAAUGUCUUUGGCCGUCAUGUGGUAAUACACACUGGUCAACUCUUAAGAUAGAAACGAGUUGCUUAUUAGACAGGAGAUCUAAACGACUUAAAUGAAAAUGUAUCGAAUGAAUCGGCAUCAAUAGGUUUUCAUGAAUCUGGUCUGUAAUGCAGUGUUAGAUCCUCUUCAUGCCUAAGUGUGGAGUGAUGGCAAGUCUCCAGAUGUGAAAUAAUAGUGGUGACCGUGAAAAGCGUUUGUCUUAAUGCUUCUGAGAGAGAGAGGCUAAUGAACUGUUGCCCGCUUGCAGAAGCGACCUGCAGGAGGAAUUUCAAUAUAGAUAAGCUGAAACCGCAUGAGAAACGUGACAUUUGCAAGGAACUGAAGAACAUCUAAAUAGAAUAUCACUGUUAAUUGAACUGCGGUCACUCAUAACCACCAAGCCAAAAGGAUGCUCAGAACUUUGCUGUGCAGCUUUUUUCCAUUUCUCUGGAAAACAGGGAAAACGAUUCUAUAGAGAGCAUGCAGAUCUCCCUUUCCUGUCAACUUCAAAGACCCAAAAUCAAAUAGAUAACGGGUGGCCAUGUCACAGAGUAAUUUGACAUGUUACCUUUGCUUCUAUUGAAAUAGAUGGUCUAUGUAUGCUAGAUGAUCUUGUCUCAAAGGAGGCUCUUUGGUACAAUGCCAUAUUAAGGGUUUCGCUGUGUUAGAUCUUACAAGUUCUGCAGUUCUAAGACUUCUGUAGGGGACAGGUAGUUUAGAUAUGUAACUAAGUGAAUGGGUGUUUCUUGUCUUACCAGUACCAACCACAGAUGGUACUAGACUGGAUUUACAGUAACAGGCUAGAACCUCUGUGAGAGGUACCCAAAGAAAUUGGAUCUUUUGAAUGGAAAAUAAUCAGUGAAUCUUAACCUUCACUAUCUUGCAUGUCUUGCAAAGCGUGGCUUUUUGUUGUGGGACAGACAUUCCAUGUGAAUAAGUGCCUAAGUGAAUAUCGAGAAGAGCUCAAAUCAACAAAUAGUGGCAUAACUGUCCUUUCGUUCGCUCUAAGUUGAAUGUCUUGGACUUUGUAGACAUGGCUGUGGCCCUGUUAGUGAUAUGUGAUUUAUUCCUGAUGUAGUCUGCGGAUUUCACAAGGCAUGCAAAUGUUUAUGUAGAGCGCUCACUUUUUCAGGGAAAUGAGCUUUUCAAGUGUAGUGCAGGCAAGAUGUAGCUCUGCUUCAAAGUACAAGUGUUACUGGUAGCGUCCUCACCCUUCAUUUAGGUGGAGACCUUUUUAGUACUUUGGGCAUCUCCUAUACCUGAAAUUCAGGAGGAAAUAAAAUAUUCUUGCCAGAUUUAUCUGUCAAUUUUAGUGGAAACUGGUGAAAGCCACUUGGUAACAAACAGUUUUCACAAGAUUGUUGAACUUCUAUAUGUCACCCUUUAAGUGUAUUUCAUGUUACUCAGUUGGGCAAAUACCUCUUAUGUUGGAAAGCUCAGGCCCAAAUCACCUGCUGACAAUCUUUUGAGGAGUUGGGGUGUUUAAUCCAAUUUCAGACUAUUAAAUCCUGCCCAUCAUCUGAGAUCCUUUUCUGAAACACUUCUGCAAAUAAGAAGCUAACUCUCCCUUGCAACUGAUAGUGGCAGAAGAGUCAAAUUCAGGGGAAAAGGUUACUUAUUCCUUUUUGAAUAUGAAGUGGGUAGUUGAAAGGGACAGCUGUUUGGAAUCUUUUCAUAUUGCAGAGCUCUUACCUGCUGUAUUAAAUUCAUAACCCUUCUUUGGAUCCUGUUGACUUAUUUGUGGUUCUCAGCUUCAAGUAAUUUUCUGAGGUGUUUUUAGUGGGGGAAAAAAUAACUGUCUUGGUGUAAACACCUCAAGACAAGUACCUGUUUUUGUUUGCUUGGGCUGUGAACUGACCAAGAUAUUGUCGGUAUUUCUGCAAUGGUGGUAGCACGUACAAAAGUGAAGUUGUAGUUCUUUGUUUCCUCAUCCAAAUACAUGCUAAGAUGAGACUUAUCCCCUCAGUGAGUCAGAUGCUUCAUUUUGAAAUCCUCUGAUGAGGAACAGAGCAUAUUCCUUCUCUCUGCUGCUUCUCUCUUUCAACAAACUUGGUUUUCUUCAGGCUCUCAACAGCUUGCUUAAAGGUACCUUCCUACAGACUGUACUUCUCUGCUUCUUCCAUACACUUUGCUGCUCGUUCCAUAACCUUUAAAUGAAAACAGUCUUCCUGAGAGCCGGGAAGGAAGGAUAGGCCACCUUAAAGCUGUCAGAGCAGGUCUUUAUACUGUCUUUCGCCAGGACAAGGUAACCGUUUGCAUCGUGAGAGAUUUCAGCUCAAAGUUUUUCACAGCAAUCUAUUUGUCUCCAAUUCUUCACCUUCUGCUGAAGUUCACUUCUUGUUCUUACACAGAAAAGGUCUAUCCACUUGGUGAUCUUCCCUUCAUCUGUCUAAAGAGCAUGUAGUUUAAGCUGUCAAAAGUGCUGCUAAAAUGCUGGGAAAUGAAUUUGAAAACGUUUUGAUGAAACUUCUGAAGAACAGAGAUGUUUCCUGCAGCACAGCAUGCAUAUGCUGACGUGGGUUUGGCUACUAGAAAUGGUGUAGUUGUAGCAGCAUGAUUUAGGCAUCCUUUUACUUUGGGUGGAGUAAAUUGUCUCACCUGACACUGCCUCUGCCAGACUGCUUCCUGUAGCUCAUGUAAAGCUAGUUUGGAAACAGCUGUACGCUGUGCUAUAAAAUGGCUUGUCUGUUGCCUUGUCCCAAAACUCUGGAUGUUUGGAUGCCUUGAUUAUUGUCUUAAAACAACUCUUUAUCUUUCCUUCAUAGAAAGAAUAGUAUCUUGUUUUAAACCUGCUAUCUCUUUUGCUGAUUCUUUCAACAAAAAAAAAAACUGGGAGAGGAGUUAUGCAUGUUCUUUCAGCCCUCAGGAGAAGUAUUGCAAAGAUGUUUUCCCCUAACUGUGUUUCAGGUAUUUGCCUUUGAAACUGAGAAUGUUAACUGAAAUGAAGAUAUGCUCUAGACAUGACUUCUCUAUGAAAAUUUAUACAUGUAUAUAAAGGCAGGAUAAAUGCUUUUUCCCCCCCCUUAGCUUUCUACCUUUAAUAAUCAAAUGAAGUCAUUAUCACCAUUAAUCUAAUUUAGAGGCAAUUUGAGAUGUAUACUGGGGUAUACUGGCUAAAAUAGUGGGUGCCAGCCAGUACAUAAAAGCCCUGUGACUUAGGUUGACGUCUGGUUGCAGAGUGACUAAACGUCUAAAAUUUUUCUCUCAAAAUAAUAAUUUUCUAAUUCAUGUGAGGUCAGCGCUUGUGCUAGACUCACUGUAUUGUAUUCAAGAUGAGAUCAUAUAAUAUAGGAGUAAAUACUUUAUUAAAGUAAUAAAUCUUAAAAAGAAUAGAAAGUGACAGAGAUAUUUUGUUACACAUGAGUAACAUGUCAGGAAAGCAGAAUGAAAGGGGUUUUAGCAAAGCUAGUUCAUAUAUUUAUCUUCCUGAUUAAAAAAAAAAAUCUGGUUUUGUGCCUGAUAUAAGGGAUAUUUUGAAGUAUUUAAAUAUAUGCAUUACAAGUAUCAGAUUUCUACAUGAACAUCUGAAAAUAUUGUAAUUACAGUAUUGUUUCCUUAAAAUUUUCAUGCAAGAAAACAAAAGUAUCAAAUAUUUUGCAAAUUAUUAGCUAGAAAUAGGUCUCUGUCCUUCUCUGUCUCUUUGUCCCUCUCUAAAGCUUUGUUUAACUGCUGCAUAAAGAAGAGUGGAAGUCUUUUGUAACAUUUUUUAAAAGUAAAAAUCAUAUGCAUACUAGGGGAGUAAAAAUCUCAUCCUUCAAAAGAAAGAACAAAUGUGUUGGGUAUUUGAGAUGUUCUGCCAAGUGUUCCUCAGACUUUUGAAUUACAUGUAUAUUUGCUUUAAACUACAUUCAACUUUGUAAUCUGGCUGCAGAUACUUUUUGGUCCAAUUAUGCAGGUUCUGCUCCUACCCCAGUGCUUACAAUUUUCUGGAAAAAAACCCCAUAACAUUGAAUUUUUAAUAUAAUUCAGUCUGAAAAAAUCUAGCUUUGUAUUUCCCUAUCUCCACCUAAAAAUCUACAAAAUGCACAAAUGCUGUUUCUUUUUUAGACAUCAUUAAGCCUUGCAGUAAUGAUUAUACAACAGUUGAAGUUUCGUUUCCUUCUGAAAUAUAACUGUUGCUGGCUUGGCAUAAUUAAAGCAUCUAACAGCACAUAUUAUUAUGCAACAGACCACAAGAACAUAUGAAGAGGUGUUUAAAUGUGAUAUGGGUUAUAUAUAUAUGCUUAUAUACUGGAGAAUGUCUUUUAAAUGCUAUAUUGUCAAUUAUUUUAAGUGUAUGAUGUAUUUUCUUUAUGGUGUCUUUGACAUCCAUACCAGUAUUAAAGACAUGGAUGGAUAUGGAA